UUUCAAACACUCUUCCUAUUUUACUAGGAAAAAAUCGCCUCCAUAUUUCUCUUCUUUCUCUUUAUCUCAAAAAAAAAAAAAAAAAAAAGUCCUUCAAUGGCGGCCAUGAUCCGCCACUUGAGAUCUUCCAAUUCCAUUUCCCAAAUCAGUAGGUGUUUAUCUACAUCAGCAGAGAAAUUGAAAUCCCAAAACUACCCCCAUAACUCAAUUCCUACUAACAUUGAACCCAAGGGUAAAAAUGUCCAGUGGGUGUUUUUAGGUUGUCCUGGUGUAGGAAAAGGUACAUAUGCUAGCCGUCUUUCUACACUUCUUGGUGUACCUCAUAUUGCUACUGGUGAUCUUGUAAGGGAUGAAUUGAAAUCUCAAGGUCCUUUAUCCAAACAACUUGCAGAGAUUGUCAACCAAGGAAAAUUGGUUUCAGAUGAGAUAAUACUGAAUUUACUCUCAAAGAGGCUUGAGAAUGGGGAAGCUAAGGGUGAAGCUGGAUUCAUACUUGACGGAUUCCCUAGAACUGUGAGACAAGCAAGGUAUAAGAACAUGGCGAGAAAGCGAAGAUCCUUUGCAACAAUUUCAUACUUUUUUGUCUAUGAAAAGGAAAUAUUGACUGAGGUGACAGACAUAGAUUUGGUGGUCAAUCUCAAGCUUCCAGAAAAGGUACUGGUUGAGAAAUGCCUUGGCCGAAGGAUUUGCAGUGAAUGUGGAAAGAACUUCAACGUAGCAUCUAUAGAUAUCGCAGGUGAAGAUGGAGCUCCUAGAAUCAGCAUGGCUCCACUUAAUCCUCCCUCGCAGUGUGUAUCAAAGUUAAUCACUCGAGCAGAUGAUACAGAAGAUAUUGUUAAGGAAAGACUUAAGAUAUACUGGGAUAAGAGUCAGCCUGUUGAGGACUUCUACAAGAGUCGAGGAAAGUUACUGGAGUUUGAUUUGCCUGGAGGCAUCCCAGAAUCAUGGCCUAAGUUGUUGGAAGUUCUCAAUCUUGAUGAGCAGGAAUAUAAACUGUCUGCUGCAGCUUAGUAUCUAUUAGCUGCUUCGCAUGUGUGUGCGUGCUUAACAAUUUUGCAGAAAAUAACAUAUUCAAUGUCAUUUUUAUUUUUCCCUUAAUUUAAGUCAAAUAACAAACCUCUUGAGUGUACUUGAAGCCGUAAAACUACGGUGGCUGCCUUUGUUGAAUGUCAAAUUUGGUCAAUGAAGAGGUCUGUUGUACCAUAGUUUCAGAAAGAGAUAAUGACGAGAUUAUUUUUAUAUCCUGUAAUAAGGUUAUAGUAAUGACCCUAUUUGUUAUGUUUUUUAUAAAUGACAUAAUCUGAUAUAAACAAUUGAUAUGGUUUUAUUUUGA